CUCUUUCUCAGUUCCAUUCCGAAUCUCGAACUACAACUAUAUUGAUAUAGAAACUAGAGAACAGCGUCAUUCAAAUUGCAGGGUGUUGUUUUACUCACUGUACAGCGAAGUUGAGAAUUGUGUUGCCAUAAAUAUAAAUAAAUUAAAUCUGUGAAGGAGAAAAUAAUGGAUUCGAGUCGAAGAGCGGUGGAAUCGUACUGGCGGUGGCGCUUGAUCGAUUCAGCCACCUCCGAUGAAGAGAAAGUCACACCUGUCUACAAACUUGAUGAAAUCUGCGAGCUCCUACGCUCAUCGCAUCCUGUCAUCGUCAAGGAACUCUCAGAAUUCAUCCUUAAACGCCUCGACAAUAAAAGCCCCGUCGUCAAACACAAGGCUUUGAGAUUGAUCAAGUAUGCGGUUGGAAAGUGUGGUGUGGAGUUUAGAAGGGAAAUGCAGAGACAUUCGGUGGCAAUUCGGCUGUUGUUACAGUACAAGGGUCAAUUGGAUCCUCUGAAAGGCGAUGCACUCAACAAGGCUGUGAGAGACACUGCUCAAGAGGCUAUCUCUGCUGUUUUUUCUGCGGAUGAUAACAUCAGCAAGCCACCGUCUUCGGCUUCUGCUUCCCCUGAUCUCAAUAGACGGAUCGAAGGGUUUGGGAACACCAACUAUCAAGCUCCUUCUCAUGAUAAGAAAUCGUUUCUCAGUGAGGUUGUUGAUAUUGGAAGUGCAACCAUUAAGCAAGGACUCAAUGCCUUCACACAGGGCCCUUCUUCGCUUAUCAAGAAUGAAGCUGCGAGUGGAACAUACAAGGACAGAUAUGAACCCACUGCGUAUGGUAGUGGAAUUACGUCGGCACUUUCGCAGAACCAAUCUGGUGGCCCUUGGAAUCAGGAUGCAGGUGUAACUAGGACGGAAUUGUCGAAUGGGAAAACGGGUGCUGAUUAUGCCGAGAGUAAGACACAAGAGGAGAGAUUGCUCGAGACAGUUGCAAGUUCUGGAGGCGUGCGCCUGCAGCCCAAUCGAGAUGCCAUUGAAGUUUUCCUAAGAGAGGCUUCAAAGUUGGAUGCCAUGGCUUUAUGUCAUGCCCUUGAACAAAAGCUCCAAUCUCCAAUGUGGCAGGUUCGUGUCAAAGCUGUUUGUGUCCUAGAGUCCAUCCUUAGAAACAAAGAUGAUGAUAAUUUUUCACGUAUGGCGACUUACUUUGCUGAGAACAAGGAUCUGGUGUUAAGAUGUUCGGAAUCCCCCCAAGCCUCUUUAAGGGAAAAGGCAAACAAGGUUCUUGGUCUUUUAGGUGGAGGCCAACCAAACAGUUCCAUUAAUUCAGAGAAGGCUAUGAAGAUGGAUAGUGCUGCUGUUGCUGAGUUUCCUGACUUGUUAGACACUGGUGAUUUUAAUGACUAUCAUGGAACAGGCGAUGCUACAAAGAGAGUAAAUGAUCAAAAUAUAGCAAAUUUGACACCAUCCGUACCUCCGGCACUGGCUGAUGUUUUAUUUGGAAAUUUUAGUAACGAAAUAAAAAAUGAUGAUGACCCCUUUGCUGAUGUGUCAUUUCAUUCUAAUGAAAACAAAGAGCAUAGCGAUAUCUUUUCAAGGAUGACUGUUGGCAAUGAUAAACAGAGUCAUCAUGUGAGUAAUGACAUUUUUGCCACUAAUUCCAGGCACGGAAAUAAUGGAGAGUUUGUUGGUCAUUUAUUGGCUGGCUUGUCUGUAGAUGAAAAUACAUCCAGUGCAAAACAGAAAGCAACAUCCCCUGCCAUGCAAUCUGAUUAUUUUUUUUCUGGUUUAAAUAGUCAUGCCAGUCAUCUGAGACCGGACAACGGUUUUGGUGGCAUGUUGGGCUCUCAGGCAGUUGGCUUCAAUGUAAAUUCCGUAUUUCCUUCUGGUCAUCCAUCUUAUGCUGCACAACCUGGGAUUAUGUUGAACCAACCAUAUUCUUCUCAGCCACUUAAUUAUGCCAUGGGAAAUCUCUUGGCUCAGCAGCAAUUUCUGGCAACAAUGACUAAUUUCCAACACCUUAAUAAUGUCACCAGGCAUGAUACCAGUUCAGCUAGAAAUGAUGGAAGCAAUGAAAGAACACCUCUUCCGGACAUAUUCCAAUCAAAAUUUGCAACGCAAACUCCUAGCUCAAUGAUCAACAGUUCAAAGAAAGAAGAAACUAAAGCAUUUGAUUUUAUCUCAGAUCAUCUUGCUACAGCAAAUGACUCAAGGAGAGUGAUUUGAAAUUUCAAUAUCUUACUAUUGUUGACAAAGAUUUAUGGUGCUUUACGACGCUGUAGUGGAUUUCACACGAAUAAAUCAAACCCGUUCAUAAUUUCCGAUGAAGAAAGUUGUUUUUCUUUGCCAUGAUGGAGCAUUGUCGAUGUUUUUUUAUUUGUCCGUGUCGUCAACAAAAUAUGAGCACAGUUAUAGCAAUUGGAAGAAUAUGUAAUGGUUACUACCAGUUCCCGAUAUUUUGAACGAAAAUGAACUCUAGAAUGUUGCCUUUUUAUUCAUUUUAUUCUUUUUGUAAGUAGUUGAGAUUUUUUGAGCUGUAUUGCGGGCACUAUCAGCAAUACCA